CUCUCUCUCUCCUCCUCCUCUUCUCCCCAACCAAAAGCAGGCCGUAGCAGAGAAAUUUUAGAGAGAGAAAUAGAAACCCUUGAUUUUUCAAUGUCCAAACCCCUCAUUCCCUCGUCGCGGUGCUCCGAUUAACCCUCUCUCAGCUCGUCUUAAAUCUGACGGUUUGUUUGUAGGAUCUCCCGUUAAGCUGGGAGAGUGGAGAGAUUCGAGAAAGAGAAAGUUCAUAAGAUUAACGAGAUUGGAAAACAGAGAUGUAUGUGGUUCCUCCACCACAGCGAUCGGAUCCGCUUUCUGGAUCCUCAAGCGGUUCUACUGAUUUACGAGUCUACCAAGCUUGGAAAGGAAGCAAUAUUUUCUUCCUCCAAGGAAGGUUCAUUUUUGGACCGGAUGUUAGGUCAUUGAUGUUGACAAUACUUCUUAUUGUUGCUCCUGUUGCCAUUUUCUGUGUAUUUGUUGCCAAGAAGCUGAUGGAUGACUUUUCUGGUGAUUGGGGAAUAUCGAUAAUGGUUGUUGCUGUUGUAUUUACAGUCUUUAUAUUAGUCCUCCUGUUGUUUACUUCGGGAAGAGAUCCUGGAAUAAUUCCUCGGAACGCACACCCACCCGAACCUGAAGCCUAUGAAGGUAAUGCUGAUGCUGGAUCGACACAGACUCCCCAAUUACGGUUGCCUCGUAUCAAGGAAGUUGAGGUCAAUGGUAUCACUGUUAAGAUCAAGUAUUGUGACACAUGCAUGCUUUAUAGACCCCCUCGCUGCUCACAUUGUUCAAUUUGCAAUAACUGUGUGGAAAGAUUUGAUCAUCAUUGUCCUUGGGUCGGGCAAUGUAUCGGUCUGAGAAACUAUAGGUUCUUCUUCAUGUUCGUCUUCUCAACGACCGUUCUGUGUAUAUACGUGUUUUCAUUCUGCUGGGUCUACAUCAAGAGGAUUAUGUCAGCAGAGGAAACAUCUAUUUGGAAAGCGAUGAUAAAGACUCCUGCCUCCAUUGUGCUAAUUGUUUACACUUUCAUCUCAAUGUGGUUCGUUGGCGGCCUUUCUGCCUUCCAUUUAUAUCUCAUCAGUACCAACCAGACUACGUACGAGAAUUUUAGAUAUCGUUAUGAUCGAAGAGUCAACCCACAUAAUAAAGGCGUGUUGGACAACUUCAAGGAAAUCUUUUGCUCCACCAUUCCUGCAUCCAAGAAUAAAUUCAGAGCAACUGUGCCUAAAGAGCCUGUUCUGCCACCGACUCGACUGGGAACUGGUGGUUUUAUGAGUCCAAAUGUAGGCAAAGGGGUAGAAGACAUUGAAAUGGGAAGGAAAACAGUAUGGGGAGACAUGAAUUCUGGAGCAGAUCCGUUUGAUGGUCAACCUCAGAUCAGCGAGCGAGUGAAUGUAAAAGAAGGCGAACUCGGCGAAGUAUCUCCAGAUAUUAGAACUGCAGUUGAAGAAGGUUCAGAACGUGGUGGAUUACAUCCUAGGCGAUCAAGCUGGGGAAGGAAAAGCGGAAGCUGGGACAUGUCACCUGAAGUCGUCGCCUUAGCAGCAAGGGGAGGCGAAAAUCGCGUUGCAGGGAGCAGCAGCAGCAACAGCAACAGCAACUUAACAGCUGACAACCGGGAAACACACGAUCAUUGAUAAACUUGGAAACAGAUUUAGAGGUUAUAUGACAAAAAAUGAUUGAAGAAAAACAAAUUUUAGAGUCUAAUUUUAUGGGUUUGAAGUGGGAUUUGUUGAGGUUUCAGGGUUUGUGAUUCAGCUUCCACAUUGAAGUUAUGUGCCAUAGAAGGCGAGAGGAAGCUGCUGGGAGAGGGGGACUUGGUUUGGCAGAUGUAAAUGUUGAUUCGGGUGUGUUAUAUUGUUCGAGUGAGUUUUUCUUUUCUUUUAUUUCUUCUCCAGUUCUGAUUUUUCUAGUUCAUUUGUGGAAUCAGUUAGCCCAUUUGUGUAAUGCAUUUGUGAAAUUAGUGUGCUAAAUUA